AUGACCGUAAUCUCAAAUGAUCCCACUUGGUGGUCGGCCAUCGAUGCAUAUUGUUUGGGCAGCUAUUUUAUAGUCGCCGCCUUUGUUGCAGUGAUGUAUGAUUGGGCACUCACAUUCGGACAAGAGGUGGAAUUGAUCUGGUUUGUUGGUCGCAGUCGCCAUGUUGUGCUGACUUCAAAAUAUCCUAGUCGAUGUUCCGACUAUCUCAUUGACAGAUACGGCUGGAUCAUGUACACCGUAUGGAAUUCGAUUGGUGUUGUGGUAUUUGCGAUGUUGUGGGUCAUUAUCAUCGCUCGGUUGCAUGCGAUGUAUCAAGGAUCCAGAAAGAUCCUGAUAUUUCUCAUUGUCACCUUCCUGGCUAUCAACACUUUCGCUGCAGUGUCUGUCAUAAUGGCAACAAUGCAUACUUCAGGGGAGGGACUCAUUCUCUCCGGCACUUAUCAGUCCCAGAUUGACUAUCCGGGAGAUAUCAUAUUUCUAGAUUCCAUUCCUUGGAUAAUCGCCACCGUGUGGGAAGUCAUCGCAUUAUGUCUUGCAGUCUGGAUUGCGGCCAAACACAUCCGUGAACUGCAACAACAUUCGACAGGAGGGAUUAUCGAGGACUGUUUCACGGUGUUGGUCAAAACUCAUGUGGUGUACUUUGCGAGAUCCAACAUUCUUAACGAGCAUUUCCCUGGACAAUCAGAUUAUUUAUGGAUGUCUGUGCUGGGACCGUGCCUGAUCCUUGGCGUUUGGGAAUACCAUGCCAAGCUUGUUGCCAAUUCUGAUGCAGCAACUGGUAUGACCUCAAUUGCUUUCCAGGAGCGUGUGGAAAUAUUGACUGGUAGUGGUCCACCUGCUGGCUCAAGUCAUCCCAUGCUCACCGUUAUCAAUGGUGAGCUCAAGGCGGGCCCCGCCCUUUGCAUGUCGGGUCACUGGUCACUGGUCACAGUAUGGCGGUACUGCCCGCCUGGCACUCGGCUCUCAUUAGCAAUGGUGUCCAGAUGCGUGGAUGGCACAGUGGAUAGGACCUGGGUCCAUCUGAUCCUCUUCAAGCGCGUCUGGUGGCCACAUUUGCCGGGGUUCUCAGAUGUCCGACUUCUCUCCGCCCUGUGCCUCUCACUCUCAGUAUCUCCUCGGCACCCCGGUCCACCCAACUCUCGCAGCUUGGCAUCAGUGGUCGCCGUCAUCCAGGACAUCAUUUACUUGAUUGUACAAGCUGUGGGAGGCGCAUCCGCUGCGCAUGCUGCCAACAUAAAGACAAGUGCUUUGAUGGCGACCAGCGUGCCUCACCUCAAGCCCCAUGCAAAAGCAGCAGCAACAGAGACUUCUGACGUGCAGGAGGAGCAGAUAUAA